UUUUUAUACAGAAAAAAUAUACCCAUUAGGUUUGCAAUUUUUUAAAUAUAAAUUAAAUUGGUAUAUUGAUAAUUGGUAGUCACUUUCGUUUGUUUCAGAGUAUUUUAAAUUUAUAUUUUAUUUUAUUUUAUAAUGAUUGAAGGCCGUGCAAAUGAACUACCUGAUUUCCAAGUUUUUCGGACGGUAAUAAAAUAUUGUUUAUUCAUUAUUAUAGUACCGGUUCUAUCCUUUUUCUCCGUAAAAGUAGUACUAUUUGAUGGAAUACUGCGACUAGAACCCAUUACGAGCAGUGUAUAUUCUGCUGUAAUAGCGGUGAUCGUGUUGCACGUUACACUAGGCUUGUAUAUUUAUCGUGCCUAUAACGAAGCUGAGAAAACUCCACCAAAACCGGUGAAAAAAGAUUAA